AUGCCAACAGAACUCGAGGAGCUCGUGGGGUUCAUAGCCCACCCGAACCCCCAGAUCCGCAAGCUGGCGGCUGAAAACCUGGUGCCGUACUCGACGGAGCAGCCCUCGAUUUUUAAGACGAAGGAGCUGCUGCCUGUCAAGCACCUCAAGUUCUUGAUCCGAGAUCAUUCAGAAAUUGCAGAGCAUGCAAUCACCAUGCUGGUCAACUUGACGGCCGACCGAAGCAUUCUUGAACAUGUAGCAGCCGACGAGAGGUUCCUCGGCAUUCUUCUGGGCAAUCUGAUUGAUCCAGCAGAGCCCAAUGCCGAUCUGCUAGCGAUGCUUCUUGCCAACUUGGCAAAGUGGGAUGGUUUGAAGAGCAUCGUGACACGCAAACAAGACCCGCCUGCGGCCCUGAAGUCCAACGAGCUCGUACUGAAUCAACUGCUUGACCUGUUCGUCAAGGGAGCGGACGGCACGUACAACAAGGAUGCCGACUUCGACUAUCUCGCCUACGUUCUCGCCGACCUCUCCAAACACCCUGAAAUACGGCAGUUCUUCGUCACCACGCAGGACUACGACGAGGUCAUCCCCAUCAACAAGAUUAAGGUCUUUACGGAGCACAAGUCAGAUAUCAGGCGGAAAGGCGUGGCGAGCACCAUCAAGAACGUGGCCUUUGACGUGCCGGCCCACCCUGCCUUCUUGGACGAGGACCAGAUCAACAUCCUACCAUAUCUCUUGCUUCCCAUUACGGGUAACGAGCAAUAUGACGAGGAGGAGAUGAUAGGCAUGCUGCCGGAUCUACAGCUGCUGCCUCCCGACAAGCAAAGAGAUCCGGACCACAGCAUUGUCCAAACCCAUGUGGAGACAUUGACUCUAUUGACCACUACUAGGGAAGGGCGCGACCUGAUGAGGAGUGUCAACGUGUACCCAAUUAUUCGGGAAACACACCUUCGUGUCGAUGAUGAGGGCGUCCGCGAGGCGUGCGAACGGCUGGUCCAAGUGCUGAUGAGGGACGAAGCAGAGCCAGGUAAAGAAGGGGAAGCUGAGGGAGACGGUGACGACGACAAGAUCGUCGAAGUUUAG